UUUAAUGGAAAUCUUCUUUUCCGUGAUAAAAAAAAAACUAGUUAAGAACCGAAAGUAAACACUCCAACCACUCUCCCGUCUUCAACCCUCUGGCAAAUACUACUAGUACUGCUCCACUACUUGAUUGCCGCCUCACUGGCACCCCGCUCCCAAUUCCAGUGACACUGCACCACCCGGCUCCAGCGAGAUCCAGACCCAAAACCCCAGCCAACCUCUGCCUGGGGAGGGGAAGAGAAGGGAAGGGAAGCAAUGGCUGCCAACGGAGGCGGGUACCGGGCGGAGGACGACUACGACUACCUCUUCAAGGUGGUGCUCAUCGGCGACUCCGGCGUCGGCAAGUCCAACCUCCUCUCCCGCUUCACCAAGAACGAGUUCAGCCUCGAGUCCAAGUCCACCAUCGGCGUCGAGUUCGCCACCCGCAGUCUCCAGGUCGACGGCAAGGUCAUCAAGGCCCAGAUUUGGGACACCGCCGGCCAGGAGAGGUACCGCGCUAUUACAAGUGCCUAUUACCGAGGAGCUGUAGGGGCAUUACUUGUCUACGAUGUCACCCGCCGUGCUACAUUCGACAACGUGGGCCGUUGGCUAAGGGAGCUCAGAGACCACACUGAUCAGAGCAUCGUUGUGAUGCUGAUUGGCAACAAGUCCGAUCUCCGCCACUUGGUGGCCGUCUCAACCGAUGACGCGAAGGAGUAUGCUGAGGCCGAGUCCAUGUACUUCAUGGAAACGUCUGCCCUCGACGCCACCAAUGUGGACAACGCGUUCUCAGAGGUGCUGACCCAGAUAUACCAGAUCGUGAGCAAGAAGACAGUGGAAGCCCUGGAGGAAGGCGCGGCUGGCCCAGGCAAAGGGGAGAAGAUAAACGUGAAGGAUGACGUGUCUGCGAUGAAGAGAGUUGGGUGCUGCUCAAACUGAGGCGAGUAGCCGAAUACAAACGGUUUGUUCAUUUUUUUUCAUGUAGGUAUGGCACGGUCGGCUUUUGCGUGAAAACAAAUCUGUUCGAUUGUCUUUCUGGUGGUGGUACUGAGGGUUAGAGGUUCAGUCAAACCGUUGAGAGAUGAGUCUAUCAGUUUAAAUUACUCCUAUUUAUUAUUUAUCAGCUCUGAAUUUGUCUUCUGUCAAAUUCAUUCA